UCCUUCUCUCCCACUAGGGUUCUUCUUUUCCAAAAUGGGCGGCGGCGGCGGCAGCGCGGAGCUAGAGCUAUGGAUGGACGCCGCCACACUUCCGCGAAUCUCCAGCGGCAGCUAGACGAGGUGGAGGCUUUGCGGUCUAUAUACUCUGGCCAGGGAGAGUUUGAGGCUGGCUAUGGUGGCUCUGUCUCGUUCACUGUCCACCUUAAGUUGCUUGAGUGUUUAAGCAUCCAGUUCACCUUCCCGGACGACUAUCCAGAGAGCCAAGCGGUGGCUGUCAACGUGAGAUGCCAUGGAAGCGUUGCAAGAGAUCAACUUGACAGCUUAAAUCGAGCGGCAGCCAGCGUUGCCGAGGGAGCUCUCGGACAGGAAUCGACUCUUUUAGUGCUACAAAAAGUACAGGACUUGGCUUGGCGGAUAUCAGAAAACGAUCAAACCACUGAAUCCUCCAACGCUUCAUCGAUGUCUGGAGCGUCACAACUCCUAAAGAGAAAACUCUUUUGGUUUCAUCACAUCAAGUCCACGCGGAAAAGGAAAUGUAUCGUGGAGUGGGGAAAGGAACUUCGUGUGGGUGGCUACUGCAAGCCUGGCUUUCCUGGUAUUCUAAUCAUUGAGGCUGAAGACACAAAUAUUACCGAAUAUGUGAAGAGAGUUCGUCACUUGAGAUGGCAAGCUAUGAAUUUGCGGGCUCUCGAGGAGGAGCAGUGUCCUGCUGGCCGCAACAUUGACGAGCUGCGCCGGUUCAAGACGACUCAAAUCGAAGAGCUCGGCGAGACUGACAUGUCGAAGCUCGCAGCACUUUGUCGAGAAGCGGCACUAGAACAUAUGUUCUUGAGCGCGCUAAAGAUUGGGAGUGGUCACUGAAACCAUGCCUUCAAAGCAGUGCUUACAAUGGCUUGCGAUGGAUCAGUAAAGCUCCAUUCUCGCUCCAACUAGGAGGCCACGAAUUCCUUGUAAGUUUUUCUUCCCUUCUAGAGGCUAGAAUGGCGAUGAUGUCUAUAGAAAUUUCACAGUUUGUCUGAAGGCAACAUGAGUGAAAAUUUCACCGAGUUGCUGAGCCAAUUAGAUGAAUCCCUUCUUUACUCGUGGCAGUGAUGACCAGUUAUUUCACAGUUUCUGAUGAUAGAUGUGAGUGACAAUCCAUCCAUUUUCUGCUGAGUCACGUGAAAGAAAA